UUUAGACGUCGAUUGUAACAGAAAACCCUAGUGUCUCUGUUGCUCUUCUAAAACCCUAAUUCCAGAGUCUCUUCUCCACCUCCAGAAUUCUGCGUCUCUGCUUGCUCAAUCUUCGAACGAAGAAUGACUGCAGAGAAAGUGAACCCCAAAGCAUACCCAUUGGCCGACGCGCAACUUACAAUCACCAUUCUUGAUCUUGUUCAACAAGCUGCUAACUACAAGCAAAUCAAGAAGGGCGCCAAUGAAGCAACCAAGACGCUGAACAGGGGUAUAUCUGAGUUCGUUGUCAUGGCCGCUGAUACCGAGCCCCUUGAAAUCCUCCUCCAUCUUCCUCUGUUAGCCGAGGAUAAGAAUGUGCCCUAUGUGUUUGUCCCGUCUAAGCAAGCACUUGGCCGAGCUUGUGGAGUUACAAGACCUGUUAUCGCCUGUUCUGUGACAACAAAUGAAGGAAGCCAAUUGAAGUCGCAAAUACAGCAACUCAAGGACGCCAUUGAGAAGCUCCUGAUUUGAAGAUCUGCAAUUGGCAAUUGAGAAGCUUCUUGGUUCAUGGUGGUCGAUCCCCCUUAGUGGAGGAAUAUGUAACAACCACUACAAUUUUCUUUCUCAAGAGAUCCGAUUAUUGUUUAGAAAGAGUGAUGAUCCUUCAUUAUGUUUGCUAUAUCAUGAUUUUGGUUAGAUAUUUGACAUUAAAUGUUUGACAAAGAUGAAUAUAAUCGGAUUUCUAGAACUAUUUUGAAUCA